AUGGAGGACAUUUUAAGAAAAGGCUUACUAACUUUAACAGUUUUAUUACUCGUAAAUUAUGUUGCGGCGGAUGUUAAAACAAUUGUGGAAGGAAUCACAGUGGAAAAUAAAGGAGGAAAUUUAAUAUGUGAUUCAUUGUUAUGCCCUCCGGAAACAGCUCAAUGUCGUGUUACAAAAAUAUUUGAUCCAAAUGAUGACAAAUAUUUCUUGCGCAUUCGAAAAUGUAUUGACUCAAAUGGAACUGAACUUAGGAAACAAAAACAUCGAGAACCAACUGGGCCCUACAAUCAAACUAUGACUGUUACAUUAGAAGCUGGACCAAAUGCAUCUAUUAUAUUUUCAAAUCCAGAUAUCGAUGCAGAUUCAAAGUGAAGAUUAAACAAAAA